AUUAUUAUUAUUAUUAUUAUUAUUAUUAUUAUUAUUAGUUCUAAGUGUUUAAAACAAAUAUUUUGCAUUUCUUUGUUCAUCCUCAUUUUCCAACCCUUGCAAUCCCUCCAACAUCCUACCCUUAAUUAUUUUCCUUUAACACAAAAUUUCAUCAUAUUUUUUUUGGAUACACUUUUUUUCAAACCAAACUAAUCCUAUCCUGUAUUAUCACAUAUAUACAUAUAUACAUUCACACAUACACACACACAUAUAUUUGUGUAUAAUCCCAUUGAGUUGAUGCUGAAAAUGAUUUUAGUUUCAAUCUUCUAUAUAUAUAAAUAAUUGUUGAUAAAGUAUGAUUAUAAUCAAUUUGUUAAUUUAAUUAUAAACAAUAGUGUGAUAGUGUUAUUAUUGAAAUAGACAAUUUGUUGAUAAAAAUAAUGUGAUUGUGGUGUGAUGGUGGUUGGUAAAUACCGGUGACAGUUAACAUAGACAGAGACAGACUACUACUAUCGAUGACUUGAGAAAUAAAUCCAGAUCAUCUGAAGAAAUCGAUGUUAUAUUUUUAUAACACUUCAUUCUAUCUAUCUGUUGUGUCUAGAUAUUUUAUUUUGAUUUUUUUUUUCUUUUUCUUUUUCUUUUUAUCUGACAAUUUUCAAACAAAUGUAUCUUCAUGUGUAGUCAUCAAAUGUAAAACGGAUGUUGGAAGAAAGAAGAUAUGGAAGAUAUCGGAAGAUUAAAUAUAAUGAACGUUCAUGGAAAAAAUCGAGAUUUGACAAGAAAAAGAACAAGGUGGAACAAAGGGAUAGAGUAAUAUUAAGGUUUAAGUAUUUGGAAAUGCCGGUACCAUCACCACAACCACCACCACCAUUACCACCACCACCAACACCACCAGCGGUAAUUUCCAAUUGGAAAAAGUCUAAAUUGGAGCUUGAGUUUGACACAAAUUCGAAAGACGAUAUUUGAUUGUUCAUCGAAAAAAAAAAGAAAAAAAAAGAAAAGAAGAGAAGAACAAAUUUAACAACAACAACAACAACAAUAUGAUGAUGAUGAUGAUGAUGAUGAUGUGCAAAAGUAAAUUGUCGCGCUUAGUUGAGUGCUUUUGUAGUAGACCCGGUAUAGUUUUACUACUUCUUCCGUGUUUAGUACUAGUCACGUUAUAUCUUGUUUCUGAGGAUAACAUCGAUUAUACGAAUUUUCAAUAUCCGUCCUAUAAAUUUUACAACGAUACUAACGGUACGAUGGACGGUUUUCUCGUAUGGAAUCCAAAAUGUCAUAUGUUAUCGAAGGACGCCCUAGAUCCGUCCAUCGCUAAAUUCAUUAAAAGGGAAAAAUUCGAGGCGUGUUUUAAGGAAAAAUUAUACACUAAAAUAACAAAAGGUUCUAACGAUACAAUGAUCCUUACUUUAGAUGCCAAAAUCUUGGCCAAUCAUAAAAAUAUGAAUUGUUGUUGGUCACCAGUAAUUAGACCGAUCUUUGAUAAUCCGAUAAAACAUAAAUUCGAUUCGAUAAUUACAGUUAAACAAUGUGAAAGUUUGAAAAUGCAAGCUACGAUACCGGACGACGUCGAUGUUGUAUUGGUCAGUUGUAAAACAAAAACGAAGAAGGGAAAAACUAUGACCAAUUAUGAAAAUGUUCAUGCCAUUUUAAAUCCAAAAAAAGUUUAUGAUCGUUUGGAUAAUUUAACAACAACAACAACAACAACAACAACAAAUAACAAUGUAACAACAACGACAUAUGGUAACUCAAGAAAAUUGAGUAUUUUAGUACUCGGUAUCGACAGUGUAAGUCGAUUAAAUUUUCAAAGGAGUAUGCCAAUGACAGAAAAGUAUCUACGUGAGACAGGUUGGAUCAAUUUAAAGGGAUACAACAAAAUGGGUGACAAUACGUUUCCUAAUUUAAUGGCCAUUUUAACCGGUCAAAAUCAAGAACAAGCAUAUUCGAGAUGUAAACCAUCAGAAGCAUACAAACUCGAUCAUUGUCCAUUUCUUUGGUAUAAUUUUCGUAAUGCGGGAUAUGUAACUGCAUAUGGUGAAGAUGAAACAGCCUUGAAUACAUUUAAUUAUUUAAAAGUUGGUUUUGUACAACCACCUACGGAUUAUUAUUUAAGACCUUAUAUGUUAGCAAGUGAAAAACUUCUUAAAUCUAAGAACAGAUUUAAUUUAAAAUAUUGCACCGGUCCUGAAACAAGUUUCGAUAGGAUCUUUAAUUAUGCAAUGGACUUUGCUGAAACAUUUCUUAACGUACCAUACUUUGGAUUUUUUUGGACCAAUUCAAUAAGCCACGAAAAUGUUAAUGAACCAUCGUCAAUGGAUUCACAAAUCUAUCAAAGAUUACAUAAACUUCAGAAAGAAGGUGUACUCAACGACACGAUGAUUGUUUUCUUAAGUGAUCACGGUAUGCGUUGGGGUAGUCUUAGAGAGACUUUCGUUGGUUGGUACGAAGAAAGAUUACCAUUCAUUUAUAUAUGGUUACCAGAUUGGUUCCGUAAUGAAAAUCCUGACGCUUAUCAGGCAUUAAAAAUAAAUGAAAAUCGUUUGACAUCACCUUUUGAUCUUUAUGAAACGUUCCGUGAUAUUUUAUUAACAUCCGGAGGUGAUGCUGAUACUUCACCAGGUUGUCCAAGCUGUUACAGUUUGUUCGAGCCAGUACCAAGAUCAAGAUCAUGUCAGGAUGCUGCAAUUGCAUCACAUUGGUGUGCCUGUACCGCAUUUAGAACAGCUAAUCCUAAUGAUAAAAUCGUAUUAGGUGGUGUUGACAGUUUUUUAAAUCAUAUGGAAAAUAUCGUUAAAGAUUACAAAGAUAAAAAUGGCAAAAGAUUGUGCGCUAAAUUAAAAUUGAAAAAGAUACAUCGCGUAGAUCAAAUAUUAAAUUUCGAUGAUAAGACUUCAAUGAGGAGCAUUGGUUAUUUCUGUAUGAUACAAGUUACACCGGGUAAUGGUAAAUUUGAAUUUACCGUAAGAUACAAUAGCAAUGGUAGUUAUACAGUGUCGGAUCAUGAAGUUAGUAGAAUUAAUCCAUAUGCUACGAGUGCCAAGUGUUUGAAUCAUGGUAUGAAACAGUAUUGCUAUUGCGUUAAAUAGUAUUAUAAUUGACGAUUCAACACACACACCUUUUAUUCUUUUUUUUUAACCUUCUAUUUCCUUUAAAAUACAAAUACAUAUAUAUAUAUAUAUAUAUGUGUGUGCUAAGUUGUAAAUUGGAUCUCCAAUUAUUUAGUAAGCGUCUUAAGUAAACAACGUUAACGUAACAGUUACGUAAAAAAGCUCAGGAAUCUUCAAAACAGUUCGUGAAUUAUUAUUAGAUUUUUAUUCAUAAUUAUUGUAUAGCUAUUGGAAAAUAUUUCUAUUGAAUUUGUUUGAA